UUCCUGAUUCAUGCUCUUUUUCGUCGAGGCCUCUCUCUCCCACUCUCUGUCUCUCUCUCUCUGUGGCUUGAUUUGGAUCAUCCACGACUACCCACUUCAAUCCAGCAAAAACCCACGUCAAUUCCCUACAAAUCUCCACUACCCAUCUCCCAAAAUCGAAGCUUUGUUCCUACACUCUUCGCGAAAUCAUCGACAGGACUGUGUGGGGACACGUGAGCAAGGUAGAGGGUUUGGGAAGGAGAAAUGUCGAAUCUGGUGGCGAAGGUGAAGAGGGACACGAUUGCGGCAUGCAUGACUUGUUCUCUCUGCAAUAAACUCUUUAGAGAUGCCACCACCAUAUCUGAAUGCCUCCAUACGUUUUGCAGGAAGUGCAUAUAUGACAGGCUUUCAGAUGAGGAAUUAGAUUCCUGCCCAGUGUGCAACAUUGAUCUGGGUUGUGUGCCAUUGGAGAAAUUGAGGCCAGACCACAAUUUGCAAGAUUUGAGGACCAGAAUUUUCCCGUACAAUAGAAAGAAGGUAAAUGCACCUGAAUCUGCACCUGAAGUAACAUUGCCAGCUAGAAGAAAGGAGAGAUCACUCUCAUCUUUGGUGGUCAGUACUCCCAAAGUAUCAUCCCGGGGUGCCACAACUGGUAAAAGAACAAAAACUAUUACAAGGAAGGCUGCAGCUUUACGAGGUUCCAGUUCUGUAAUUGAUAAGUUUCCUAAAAAAGAAGAAUAUUCAGAAGAAGAACAUGUAAUGGGCUCUAGCUCACCCGAAACUCUUAAAAAGUUCACUCAUAACAAAGGACAGGGUUCUUCCUCUUCUGGACGUAGAGAUUUCGUAAGCCCUAAAGUAGAGGAUGAAAAUGAUUCAUCGGAGGCAAAAUUGGAUUUGUGGAAACCUUUAAAUUGUUUGGUGGAAGUCGCAAAUAGAAGCAAGUCUUUUAAAUCUAAUUCUCAAGGACCUGAAACCAAAUUGGAAUCUUUGAAUCUCCCUGACAACGAAGGUCGAGUUCGUAAAACCAAAACUAAAGAAAAUAAACACAAUGCAAAUGCUGAGGAGGAGAAGAAUAAUGCUCUUCCUGCCUCUUCUGAAGCUGUAGAACAUAAAAAGCUGCGCAGGAUUCGCCGGAAAAGGGCAGUUGCUCCAGGAGACCCGGGAAUAACAUCUCAAGCUGUACUUGAUGCUGCCAGUUCAAGGCAGGAAAAAAGAAGUGGUCCAGUUUGGUUCUCGCUAGUAGCCUCUGAAGAUCAGAAAGGACAUGCAUUCUUGCCUCAAAUUCCAGCAAGCUACUUAAGAAUAAAGGAUGGAAAUAUGCCCGUCUCUUUUAUCCAAAAGUACCUGAUGAAGAAACUAGAUCUCACCAGUGAAGCUGAGGUUGAGAUCAAAUGUAUGGGACAAACGGUAGUUCCCUCACUGCAACUUCAUAAUCUAAUCGAUUUGUGGUUGCAAGCAACAUCAACACCGGAGCGAUCCUCAGCAACUAUUGGUUCCUCAGCCAGGGACUUUGUGAUGGUGCUGACAUAUGCUCGAAAGAACCCGGGAAGUCAAUGACGAAAUCCUCUAUAUUUCUACCAUCUCAAGUUUUUCAGUUACCAUUAUAGUUUUCUAAAACUCCUUAUUGAUAUAGAGGGACUUUUACAAUAGUCAUAUAUAUAGACUAUGACUGAUCAUUUGUUUCAUGUACAAAUAAUUGCAGACACCUUGUAGCAAAGCAGGGAGUUUUGUGUUGUGGGCAUAAAAGGUAGUAUCUUCCAAUACUUUUCCAUGGAAGAUUUGGCUAUUGCAAUUUUUGUAAAUGUGCCGGAAUUGGAUUGAGACACAUGUCUUGGGUACAUGUGGUUAGACGGCUUGUAUACAAGCCCAAGUUGUAUUAUUAUCUUUCCUAGCAAAACAAUAAAUUACUUUGGAUUAUUCA